AAUCUGUCAUUCAAUUCAUUUUAUUUUGUGUUAGCUGAAACGCGACGUGAUUUGGUUUGUGAAAAAUACUCGGAUAAGGUGGCUGCGGGCAUGUCCCUCCAAAAAACCAACCGGAAACCUGGAGAACAGUCAAGGAUUAUUCGUCAGUGAUAAUUUGCAAAAAGUUUGCCGUUUUUCAGCGCAAAAAACACAUAAGAUUUAGAUUUUUCGACGAAUUUUCAUCUCAUUUUCAUCUAUUGUGUGUUUGUGUUUUUUAUUUACAAUAAGACGAUGUGGACAAGAUUAUACAAUAAAGUGUUCAGUGGUUAGAUCUAUUUUCGACUGCAUAUAGUGCUAAAUAUAUCGUGGUGUUCUUGUUUUGAUGAAUUACUCCCGACAGAAGGCGUCCAAAUUUUUUUAAUGGCGUCCACCAUAGUGAAGAAACACCGUAUAAAAUCACCAACGCCGUCAACCCAGCAAUAGAGAAAUUUAAAAAAAAUGCACUCCGUCAGCCGCCGUCCACACCACACUAUAAACCACCUAAAAAUUAAAAAGAAACGCAACGAGCUUACCAACACUAAACCGAACGUGUGUUCCAAAUUUAAACAAAACCGUUAACGGACUCGCACUCUAGAAUUUUUCGAUUUUUUUUUUAUUUUGAAAAAGGAAGCUUUAAUAAAUUUUCUAAACGUAAAUUCCCAUUCGGAUAGUUGCCUUCUUAGUUAGUAGAUCUGUGAUUGGUCCAAUUUCUUGUAUAUUGUAUAAAUAACCACGUAGUUGUAUGUUGUGAUUGGCUGAUUAUCGUUCGGAGAUCGAAUAAAGGUACCAUAACAUGGAGAAUCCUGAAUCUGAAACGAGCUCCCCUCCAGAGGAGAGCAGCGCGUUGAAUAGAAAUAGGAGUUUCAAGUCAAAACAACUAGUCAGAAGCCAGGCGAUACGCGAGUCGCAAUCUCCUCCGCGGCCCGCGUCACCCGUCGUCGACGAUACAAGUACCGAUACCGUUACCGGUACCGGUAAGGCUGGUACCGGGAAUCCGGUUACGGACGUGGUGGAGGUGGAGGAGAAGAGGCGCCCAGUUGAAAUACACAUCACAGGCGGGGCAUGGGAGAGCGGGGAGCAGAAAUCUCGUCGCCGCUGGCCGCAGCAGUCGCGCGACUUGCUGUCAAACGGACCUCGUGUCGCUUGCGUCGCGGGCUGUCGCUCACAGUGCAGGGGUCAAAGACGACGGAACCCUUGCCCAACAAAACAGGAUUCCGGCAUAUCAUGUCCCGAUGACUGCACCGACUGCUCCGACUUCGAGAAUACCGGAGGCUCGAGUAACGAUGUCAGAAAAGCUUGCAGCUUGGAUUCGGACGAGUCAUAUUGCAGAUGUCCGGAGGGGAAAAUUAAACCACCAAAGACUAAUUCAUUAAGCAGAACUGAUUCAGCAGAUAACAAAAUCGAGCCAACGGGUCCGGAGCUAGUCAACUUCAUAAGAGAAACACUGAACAAGAACACACGGGACAGAAUGCUGCUGCUGAAGAUAGAAAAAGAAUUACAUGCACUUGUCACCGAUAAUGGGCGGUGCAACUUCAAGUUCCCUUGUAUGACAUCGUACGAGCGUAUGUUGGUGCACCGAGUGGCCACUCUGUUCCAAUUGACUCAUCAUUUAGACCAGAACAGCAAGAAUUCGGUCACAGUCAGUAAAAGCGGAACGAGUGGCGGCCGCAUCCCCUGCACCAGCUUCAAGCAGUGGUGCACCGUCAACUUCCCCCCCAGCCCCGUCCGGCAGGACGGCGUCAACGCCAAGAGUGGCGGCCGCAUCCCCUGCACCAGCUUCAAGCAGUGGUGCACCGUCAACUUCCCCCCCAGCCCCGUCCGGCAGGACGGCGUCAACGCCAAAUCAAUAUUAAAGCGCGACACACACUCGCCCGAGGACGCGAACGCGGCGAGUCGCGCUGUGGAACGGAGCAAGAGUCUAGAGCAGAGGGAGAGGGAGUACGAGCGAGUGAGACGGAGGAUAUUCAGCACGGACAACUGUUCGCAGGACGAAUCUCAAUGGCCGUGGCUUCAAUCCGGACCCGUCAAACUGCUCACACCCGACUCCGGGAGGAAUAAACUGUUGAAAGUACAAUCGCUAGAAGGCGCCGGCCCACCUCAGUCUUGGCGCAACAGAGGCCCUGUUUCAAAAAGCCACAGCUUUGGUGGCUAUGGCGGCGGUGCAGAGAACGCGCCUACCAAUCAACCGAGACUUCUUAGUCGGCAAGGUGACCUGGCUUCCAGUAGUUGGCGUCUGUCUCCCUCCAGCUCGGGGUAUAAGACGCUAAGUCUAAGGAGCACCGACUCUGUCACUCCUUCACCUACUGGUGGCGCGAGUCCGGAGCCGGGGUCGGAGAGCGUGGUGUUCGCGGUGGCCGAGCUCGCCUGCGUGCCGCCCGGCGCGCUCGUCAUACACCCGCAGACGGGUCGGCCGCUGACCAACCCCGACGGCUCUGUCUACCACUUCGACCCGCAGAACCCGCCCGUCAUGUACGACACUUAUCAAGAACAAAAGAUUCAGAAUUGCGAAAAGAGAAGAGGGCGGUUGGAGAAACAGCACUCAUUUAUCGACACAGAAGCGGAAUGUCGUUGCGACGACGGUCGGAGCAAGUGUUGCUGCGAGUGUCGGCGACAUGAUGGUUGCAAUCAAAGGGGCUGCGACAGCAAGAUUUCAGUACAACCAGAGCAAAAAACCACCCCAAUACCAUCAAGCCCAGUCAAAAACCGUUACGAACAAAAUGCAGAACAAACAACCAAUCAAACGACGCCGCCGGAAACGGCAACCAAUCACAGACAACCUUACGACGCUGCAGCUACCCGCGUCGCAGAACCGACCAAUCAGAGGCCAGAGAUUCAGAAUGUUCAAACAUUCGAGCCUCAAAAUCAAGUCCCAUUCGAGCCUCAAAGAACGGAAUUCGAAAACCAACGGCCGUACGAGCCAAAGGUAUUCGAAAAUAGAACGUUCGAAGCGUCGAGUCAGAGGCCGCCGUCGUUCGAUCCGUUGGCCAAUCAAAGGACGGCUAGCGAGAAUGCGACCAAUCAGAUGGCUCCGGUUAAUAAAUUGACCAAUCAGGAGAGUGUUGAGAUGCCGCAAUAUGUCCCGCAGCAUUACCACAAGGGAUUUAGAAAUGACGAGGUGACAUCGCCUCCCCAAAUGGUCCAGAACCCUAUGAUGGCUGACGUAGGGGUCUACAACAUCAUGGCCCAGGCUAAGGUCACUCCUGUACCCGUGGACCCCAACCUCCGUCCGGUGUCCCUCACGAACAUGGUGUUCCCCGCCGUGGCCCCGGCCUACCCCUACCUCAACCAAAUGCGAAUGGAUCAACCAUUGCAGCCAAUGUACCAGCCUUUGAUGGAAGAACAGAAGCUGGCGCCGUCUCCCCACAACGAACCUUUUAGGAUCGACCCGUCGUACCAGUACGCGUACCCGUGCGGCGCGUGCGCCGGCGCCUGCCUCGACCCGCACCAGCACCAGCACCAGCGCCCUUACAGCGUGGGCUACGGGCAGCUAGAGCAACAAAUGUUGCAACAACCGUACCCCGUGGGCAACGUGUUGCUGCAACACAACGUGCAACACUACCCUUACCCAGAUGCAAUGCCGUGGGGUAGUCCCAUGAUGCCCGGAGCGCCACCGAAACUCCUCAUGCACGAACUGUGCCCCGUGUACCCCCAGUACCCCUACAUGUACCCACAGAUGAUACCACAACCGUACCCGAUAGUUCAACCAAUCUACCCCACGCUAGACAAGGACAGAAGACCGCGACGCGCACACACUCUUCCCACGUCCCAGCGAACAACCCCCCAGCCGAGGGACAGAGACAGCGAGAUCGCGCUCAAGAUACAACAGGUACAGAUAAAGGAGCAAAUGGCGCACCUGAACACUCAGGACAAGGAGAAAACCGGCAACGGGUUGCUAGGCAACGCGCCGCCCAACUACAACGGGAGAUUAGGGCGAAGCGUGUCGACGAACGACGAGACGCAGCUCUCGUCGGCGGCGCGCGCCAUCGUCAACUCCAUACGGAACAUGCAGGCGCACGCGCAUACUAACCAGCACGACGCGAGGCGGCAUAUGGGCGAGGGGUACCGCGAGCGACGCGACGAGAGGGACGAUAAACGCCGGCCGCACAGACAGAUGUCUCCCGGAAACUGGUGCAGACGGUCGCCCGGUCCCAUGCAUCCAACUCUAAACCACCCGCGGCGGCCGCACCCAGACACGCGCAACGGACGGCGUUAACAUAUCCAACACACACACACAAACACGUCCCGUGAUCCGCCUUUAUACAUACAUCUUAUACUAUUGUUUUACCUCACGUAACUUUAUUAACCCCCUUAUUCAUAA